CUGCGCGAAGCCUUCGAUAAAUUCGACACCAAUAAUUCAGGGGUGCUAGAGCUCGAAGAGAUUCAGGCAGCACUGAGGGAGUUGGGGAAGUCCACCAAUGCCUCCAUCAUUCACUCCAUCAUGCAACUGAAGGGCCUGCAUGGUGGCAUCGCCUUCACUGACUUUGUUCGCUUCUUCACUGACAUCACCUUCUAG